UUCGUUGGCAGCAGCCGGAGGAGCAAUGGCCUCCAGCUGGGCCAAGAAGGCGCGUAGUCUGCACGGACUGCACGUCGUGCGGAGCGCGCACUUCCUCAGCCUGCUGGCGGAGGCCGUGGGCGUGUCCUGGUGCCACACCACGGCUCUUUUCGACUCGCUGCUCGAGUCGCUGCAGCGCCGAAACACGACCGCGGGCACUGACAGCGGCGCCACAGACGUGCGUGUCGGCAUGCUGCUCAUGGACUACCGGGCGCAGGCCGCCGCCACGCGAACGCUCGUGGCCGACGUGUUCCUCACCCUGUCCAAGGCCGUCGCCGCGGUGUGGCUGGAAGCGGCGACGUUGGUGUCUGACGUUGAGCCGGAGCCCGCGAGCCCACAGCCUGAACUGUACAACCUGUUCGUGAAUGGCGCCACGGCGUCGCUGUGCAGCUGUCUCAAACUGUGCCAGCGUCACGCUGCGUUUCUCGAGAUGACCGAGCAGGCGGCGCAUCCCAGUGCAUUCGAUGCGCACCGGCGCGCGUCCCAUCGAUGGAGCACGCAGUGCGAGCGUCUCUUCGACCUCACCGUCGACUUACUCGCCGACUUUGAGGAGCAAGUCUACGAACAGCUCUUCCUCCCGUAAGCACUCCGCCUC